CUGGGCCAGGUGCCAGGCGGAAGCGCUCUGGCAGAUCAGCCCCGCACCCCCAACAGCCCCACAGGGGGCCCAUCCAGGGCCACACACCUGCCCCCAGGAGCAGGACGUCCCUGAGGCUAGAGUCCAGGGGAACCGGUGGAAGGGUCUCACCCUUUGCCCUUUGACUCCUCUUGUAGGCACCCUCGCUGGGCUCCUAAGCACUCCUCCACACCCUAGCUCUGUCACCAGCCCCAUAGUGAUAUCAUAAGCUCCCAGAUGCCCAGUGUGCACCCGGCCACAGAGAAGUGGGUGACUUAGGAGUAUCCUCUCCGCUUCUCACCCUUAGUUUCGUCUGUGCACAACUCGCUCAAAAUGGGCAACUCACUAAGCGUAUUUUGUUCCUGGUUCCGCCGCAGGUCCUGGCCAUGCCAUCGGCCACCUGCUCGUCUUGUCCGUGAGGCCUUCCCAGCCGGCCGGGCUCACCCCGCGGCUCCUGCACCUGUGCCUGCCCAGGGAACCUGGGGCCGUUACCCACUCCUCUUCAACCGUCAGCGACAUCUUGGGCCUUCUUUUCCAGUCAGGUGGGAUGGUGCCCCUAUGAGGCUGUGUCUUAUCCCUCGGAACACGGGCACCCCACAGAGGGUCCUGCCUCCUGUGGUCUGGAGCCCCCCCUCGAGGAAGAAACCUGUGCUUUCUGCUCGCAACUCCAUGAUGUUUGGACACCUCAGGCCCCCGAGGAUCCCUCGUCUCAGAGGCAAGUUUAACCUUCAACUUCGUUCAUUAGAUGAGCAGGUGAUCCCAGCCAGGCUCCCGAAGACGGAGAUGAGGGCAGAAGAGCCCAAAGAAGCAACGGAGGUGAAAGACCAGGUAGAGACCCAGGGGCAGGAGGACAAUAAAAGGGGCCCCUGUAGCAAUGGGGAAGCAGCCUCCACCUCUAGGCCCCUGGAGACUCAGGGAAACCUCACUUCCUCCUGGUACAAUCCCAGGCCCUUGGAGGGAAAUGUCCACCUCAAGAGCCUGACAGAAAACAACCAGACUGACAAGGCCCAGGUGCAUGCAGUGAGUUUCUACUCCAAGGGCCAUGGAGUCGCCAGUUCACACAGCCCUGCUGGAGGCAUCCUUCCCUUUGGGAAGCCUGACCCACUUCCAACAGUGCUCCCUGCCCCAGUUCCGGGCUGCUCCCUGUGGCCAGAGAAGGGGGCCUUGAAGGUGCUGGGUAAAGACCACCUGCCCAGCUCUCCAGGCUUGCUGAUGGUGGGGGAGGACAUGCAGCCCAAGGAUCCUGCAGCUCUUGGACCAAGUAGGUCUUCUCCACCCAGAGCUGCCGGCCACAGUUCCCGCAAAAGAAAACUGUCGGGGCCACCGCUGCAGCUGCAACCGACCCCUCCCCUGCAACUGAGGUGGGAUAGAGACGAGGGGCCCCCACCGGCUAAGCUUCCAUGUCUAUCUCCUGAGGCACUGUUGGUGGGUCAGGCUUCCCAAAGAGAAGGACGCCUCCAGCAGGGCAACAUGCGUAAGAACGUGAGGGUGCCAAGUAGAACAUCAAAAUUCAGGAGACUAAGAGAGCUGCUUAGGAGGAGAAAGAAGAGACGGCAGGGCAGGCGUGGUGGCCCACGCCUGUAAUCCAGCACUUUGGGAGGCCCAGGCGGGCGGAUCAGGAGGUCAAGAGAUUGAGACCUGAGGAGCAUCUCUGCCUGCACCAUCUGGGAAGUGAGGAGCGCCUCUGCCUGGCUGCCGUCCUGUCUGCGAAGCGAGGAGUGCCUCUGCCCGGCCCCCUUACACUCUGGGAAGUGAGGAGCGCUUCUGCCUGGCCACGGCCCUGUCUGGGAAGUGAGGAGUGCCUCUACCCAGCUGCCCACCAUCUGGGAAUUGAGAAGGAGCACCGCCUCUGCCCGGCCUCCACCCCAUCUGGGAAGUGACGAGCACCUCUGCCCGGCCGCCUCACGGUAUGGGAAGUCAGGAGCGCCUCUGCCCAGCCGCCCUGUCUGGGAAGUAAGGAGCGCCUCUGCCUCGCCGCCGUCCCGUCUGCGAAGUGAGGCGUGCCUCUGCCCGGCCUCCCCACCGUCUGGGAAAUGAGGAGCGCCUCUGCCCGGCCACCGUCCCAUCUGGGAAGUGAGGAGCGCUUCUGCCCAGCCACCGCCCUGUCUGGAAAGUGAGGAGCACCUCUGCCCGGCCCCCUCACCCUUUGUAAGGGAGGAGUGCCUCUGCCCAGCCCCUGCACCGUCUGGGAAGUGAGGAGCGCCUCUGCCCGGCCCCCUCACCAUCUGGGAAGUGAGGAGCGUCUCUGCCCAGCCGCUGUGCAACCUUCCACGUGUGAAGUGACAGCCUUGUGUGUGAUCUUUCUGCCCUCCCCAAGUUUGCAUUUUCGACAUUAAAGUUUACUUUUUAAUUAAAAAAAAGGAGAUCGAGAUCAUUCUGGCCAACAUGGUGAAACUCUGUCUCUACUAAAAAUACAAAAAUUAGGCGGGCAUGGUGGCUUGUGCCUGUAGUCCCAGCUACUCGGGAGGCUGAGGCAGGAGAAUGGCUUUAACCCGGGAGGUGGAGGUUGCAGUGAGCCGAGAUCGCACCACUGCACUCCAGCCUGGUGACAGAGCAAGACUCCGUCCUGAAACGAUGUUGUAAUUGAGAGCAGGAUGGUCUUUUGGGACAGGAGGAACAAGAGGUUCUGGUUACCACUCUUCAAUCAGUUCUUCUUUUUCCUUGACUGUAAGAUCAGAUCGUUCUUGUAAUUUGUAAGUCUUAGAGAAAAGAAGUCUGAUUAUCCAGAGUAUGAGAAUCCCUUCCAAAAUAAGAUGGUAAGCAGGAGCCUCGUAAAGCGCCUGUACCAUCUCCACCAGAACCCACUGCUGCGUGGCGGUCGCCAUAGUUAGCCGCUUCCUUCCCGAGGUCAAAGUUCUAAUUAAACUUUGUAGCUAAUGAUAAAAUGAAUAGCUGAUGAGAAAAAAAGGGAGCUACCAGAUCAGAAAGUAUUUGAAUUUAUGAUGUGACUGUGUAUAUACUGAUGUCAGAAGUGUGGAUGAAGUGAGGGGGUAAAGGAUUGAAUGCAGAAAGAAACCGCAGGACCCUUUUAACAGGUUAGAGGCAGAAAGAUCUAGCAUUCAUUUUGAAAAAGUGACACGUCUCACAUAGUAUACAUGCUAUGAAACAUUGUAUAAUGUAUUAUAUUAGUAACUGCACCAUUAUUUCUCACAUAUAUUAGAUAUGCUAGGAUUAUUUUCAUGUAUUAUAUGAAGCUUAGUGGCCCUUGAGGCCACGGCAGCCAUGGAGAAGGCAGGCCUGGCUCCAGGCAGCACAGAGGCACUGGAGAGCCUGGCGGGAUCUGGCUGGUCCUGCGCUCUGCUUCCAGGUUCUGGCCCUGUAACCCGGGGGACAGGGCCGGCCAAGACAGGGCCACUGGGUGCCAGCCAGCACCUGGGCCAGGUGCCAGGCGGAAGCGCUCUGGCAGAUCAGCCCCGCACCCCCAACAGCCCCACAGGGGGCCCAUCCAGGGCCACACACCUGCCCCCAGGAGCAGGACGUCCCUGAGGCUAGAGUCCAGGGGAACCGGUGGAAGGGUCUCACCCUUUGCCCUUUGACUCCUCUUGUAGGCACCCUCGCUGGGCUCCUAAGCACUCCUCCACACCCUAGCUCUGUCACCAGCCCCAUAGUGAUAUCAUAAGCUCCCAGAUGCCCAGUGUGCACCCGGCCACAGAGAAGUGGGUGACUUAGGAGUAUCCUCUCCGCUUCUCACCCUUAGUUUCGUCUGUGCACAACUCGCUCAAAAUGGGCAACUCACUAAGCGUAUUUUGUUCCUGGUUCCGCCGCAGGUCCUGGCCAUGCCAUCGGCCACCUGCUCGUC